AGCACACAUUAUAUUUGAAGUUUGCCCAUUUGGCCGAGCAUAGCCCAGAAGCUGAAAUGGCUGUAGUAUUGAGCCCUCCUAACACACCCUUUGAUGCCCAAGUAAUUGUGGAGGAAACCAUGACUGUUUAUCCUGCACACCCAACCGAGAGGAGGACCGUAUUUCUGUCCAAUAUAGAUCAGCAUGUAGUGUUCACUAUGGAGACCGUUCAUUUCUUUGCGCCAAAUCCUGCAAUAAAUUCAUCUGAAGCUACUCAGAUGAUAAGAGACGCCCUGAGUAAGCUUUUGGUGACCUAUGAUUUCAUUGCAGGAAGACUUGAGUUCGAUUCCCAUGAAAGACGCCUUCAAAUCGACUGUUGUGGAGCAGGGGCUCUGUUCGCCUCUGCCUCCACCAACAUAUCACUCUCUGAGCUCCAUGAUAUCGCCUAUCCCAAUCCCUUUUUCAAGAACCUGGUUCUACAGCAAUGUCAUCAGAUCCCUAAUCUCCAGGACUUGCCACUCUGCUUUUUACAGGUGACUCGGUUUAAGUGUGGAGGCUUCUCAAUUGGAUUGGGAACGAAUCACACAGUGAUGGAUGGGAUGGGCACAGUGACCUUCAUGAAAAACCUUGCUUCCCUCGCUUCAACAAACACCUUGGCCAUCAUCCCCUACACUGACAGAAGCCCAUUAAAAGCUCGCUCUCCUCCAUUGAUUGAAUAUCAACAUCCUGAACUUGUAGGAAUCCAUGAUCAUCAAAGCUCAGCACUUUUCACAAAGGUCACAGAAUCCCACACUGUACCAUCCCAUAAUAUCAAAUCAAUUGACCGCAUUUUCAAGCUCUUCCGACUCUCUGCCGACUUUGUGAUGAGUUUGAAGAAAGGAGCAAUGGCAGACGGGCGAGUGGCAAAGUGCACCAGUUUCGAGGCGGUGACUGCACAUAUAUGGAAAUGUCGAACAGAGGCGGUGGAAAUGAAGGAAAAGGAGGAAUCUUGUGUGUUGUUUGCAGUGAAUGUGAGGGGACGAAUGAAUCCUCCGCUUCCAAGUGAAUUUGUGGGAAACGCUGUAUAUCCUGCCUAUGCGACUGCAAAUGCUGCGGAGAUGAAGAAGAAUUCGCUGUCGUUGUGCGUGGAGAAGGUGAAAGAGGGCAUGGGCAGAGUAAGCGAUGAAUAUGUUCAUUCGGGCAUAGACUGGGGGGAAGAAAAUAAGAAGGGCGGGACUCGAACUGAGGGAGGCAUCUUUGUGUCGUCAUGGUGGAAGCUUGGAUUUGAGGACGUGGAAUACCCGUGGGGGAAACCUCUGUAUUACGGCCCUAUUCUCCAUGAAUUGCAGAAUUUUGUUCUGCUGCUUCCCAAUAAUGUUGAUAGAAAUGGUGUUCAUGUCUUCCUAGCUCUGCCACCGCACCAAAUGCCCAAGUUUGAACAGCUCUUUCUCACUCCUGAACACUGAUGGAGAAUUAGCCCAACGAACAAUACUCUAUAGUAAUUAUAUGCAUUGCACGAUAUAGCUAUAGCUACCUAUGAACUUUUGGUCAAGUAAUAUUUUUCUUGAGUUGUCAGAUCGAAACUCAAAUGUUAAAAGAUGAAAGAAAGCUGCAGCAUUUUCAUCUUC